AGGCGGAAGUGUAGUAUUUUACGCACUGAAGAAUAGUAAUUUCUGUGCGUGAGAAAAAGAAGAAAGGAGGGUAGCUUAUGGUGAAGUGUCUCUGGAAAGAAGACAGCUGCGGGCUACUUUUGUUAUUGUUUGUACAAUAACACAAACCGCGUCCACCUCCUUGUCCAGAGGGAAGGGUGAACGGUGAAAAUGGAGGCGGACAGAUCCGGCGGAGGACCAAACCCCAACUCUGGCGGCAGCGUUGGUAGCAGCAUAGCAGGACGCAACCCAAAUGGGCCCAAAGCAGCACCGAGCCAGGCGACAGCACACUCCGCCACCGGGGCCAUGGCACCAGGAGCCGCGGCCGCUACGGUGGGCCUCCUGCCUGGGUCUAUGCCGGGGCCAAUGGCUGGAUCUCAGCUAAGAGAGCUACACGAAGGGGACUCGGGAAUGACGCUUCCUGGGAUCCUCCACUUUAUCCAGUACGAGUGGGGACGUUUCCAGGCCGAGAAAUACCGCUGGGAGGCGGAGAGAGACGAACUCCGGGCUCAGGUGGCAUUUCUUCAGGGUGAGAGAAAAGGCCAAGAGAAUAUGAAACAGGACUUGGUGAGACGGAUCAAAAUGCUGGAAUAUGCACUUAAACAAGAGAGAGCUAAACACCAGAAACUGAAGACAGGCAAUGAUCAGAGCCCUACAGACAAGAAGCCAGAAACAGAGGCAGACCAAGUUCCCAAUGGACCAGCGGAGUCCGACUCUGAACCAGCCAAUCAGAUGUCCUGGAAUGAGGGACGUCAACUAUUACGCAAAUAUCUAGAGGAAGUGGGGUAUUCAGACACAAUUGUGGAUAUGCGAUCCAAGCGUGUGCGCUCCCUGCUUGGGCGAAGCAGUCCAGAGGCAAAUGGACCUCCACCCAGUGACACUUUUUCAGAGCCAGAGCCACGAACAGGAGGAGAGUCAUUAUUGGUCAGACAGAUCGAGGAACAAAUCAAGAGGAACGCAGGUAAAGAGACCUCUAAGGAGCACAUCGGUAGCUCUGUUCUUGAUAAAAUUCCCUUCCUGCAUGGCUGUGAGGACGAUGAUGAAGAUGACAGUGAUGAAGAAGAUGACUUCCAGGGCAUAGCGACUGACUGCAUCGAUGGACCACGCAAGAACAAAAAGUCUCGAGUAAAGAUGGGCUCAGAACCCAUGACCACAGAUCUGGACCCAGAAGAUGAAGAGGACGAAGAUGAUUCUGAAGAUGCCCAGAAUGAAUUUGACUUCCUAGGAUCCGGGGAGGAUGGGGAGGGGGCGGGAGAGGCGCGAAUCUCAGGAGAUGGACGGGAGUUAGAGAACCGCAGGAACAAGUUACAAGGCAUGAUACCGGACUUCCCCCCUAAACCUGCCCCGCCCCCAUCUGUUUCAGGACAGUCUCGCUCAGGGGAAGGUGGCGCCCUCAGUUUCUCCUCUGAUGUGUUCAUUAUGGAUGCUGUUGGAGGAGGUGACAUGAACCUGGGUGAACUGGCAGAUCUCACUGUUGCCAAUGACAACGAUCUCUCUUUGGAUAUGCAUGACAACAGAGAAGAAUUUAAGAAGACAUGGAAUCCACGUUUCACACUACGCAGCCAUUUUGAUGCUAUUCGUGCUAUGACCUUUCACCCAAGCCAGGCAGUGCUGCUCACAGCUUCUGAAGAUGGAACACUAAAAUUGUGGAACCUCAACAAGGCAAUGCACUCAAAAAAAAAUGCAGCUUUGGAUGUUGAGCCUAUUUACACAUUCAGAGCACACAGUGGUGCUGUACUAUCUCUCACAAUUGGUGAGGAUGGGGAUACCUGCUACAGUGGAGGUCUAGAUGGAACGGUUCGCUGCUGGAAGAUGCCAGACCUCAAUGUGGAUCCUUAUGACAACUAUGAUCCCAGCAUCGAGAGCAGUGUGCUUUCCGGUCAUGAGGACAGUGUGUGGGGUCUCACAUAUUCUUCUGUGCACCAUCGCUUGGCCUCAUGUUCAGCUGAUGGCACCAUUAGAAUCUGGAACCCUCAGAACUCUGCCCCAUGUCUGUCUGUCUUCAAUAAAGAGAGAGAACAUGGCACGCCAACCUCUGUAGCUUUUGUAGCUACUGAUCCUAACCAAAUCGUGGUGUCUUAUGAUGGUGGUGAGACAUUGAUUUAUGACCUCAACACGGAGCAGAGUGUCACUACACUACAGACAGAGACCAAGGAUGGCAGUGAACUGAUAAACCGUGUAGUCAGCCACCCUUUAGAAGCUGUGUCUAUCACGGCACAUGAGAACCGAACUAUACGAUUUGCUGACAACAAGACAGGGAAAGUUGUUCAUUCAAUGGUGGCUCAUCUGGAUGCAGUUACUUGUCUCACUACCGACCCAAAAGGCACUUACCUCAUCUCAGGCAGCCAUGACUGCUCAGUGCGCCUCUGGAUGCUCGACAACAGGACGUGCGUGCAGGAGAUCACGGCCCACAGGAAGAAACACGACGAGGCCAUACAUGAUGUGGCCUUCCACUCUUCCCAACCCUUUAUUGCUAGCGCCGGCGCAGAUGCACUUGCCAAGAUCUUUGUCUGAGACUUGUAACUACAACCGAAGAAUCUCAUGGACAAUUUUUGCCCUGCUUAAACACUGUCACACACAACUGUCCAACAGCCCACUGGCUGGGCUGGCACCACAGGACACCAGCUCUCUAGCUCACCGUUUUGUGAUGCCUCAAUGACUUCUUAUACUGUAAUGUUUUUUAAAGGAUCCUGGCUGCUCAGUUUUUUUGGACUAAUACUUUUUACACUACAUAAAUCCAUUGUGCUUUCUUUUGUGGGCUGAUGGUAUUGCAAAGCACUGUGUGUUUGAGUGCUUACUGCUAAGCAUUAUAUAAGAGAAUCACAAAGUGUAAAUGCACAGUUACAUCACUUGCCUGUUUAGGGUUUUUAUUGGUUAAUUUGCUUGUGGCUUCAUGGAUACCGUCGCCAUAAAGGGUAAGGCUGAAGGCAGUAAGUGUAAAAAGUGUUGACAUCAGAAUGCUCUCUGCAUUGACAUUCAAUGCAUUACAUUCCAAAGACUCCAGAAUGAAUGUGUGGUGUUACAAAAGUAGAGCUGGAAAAUGUUUGUUCUGCUUAUAGAGACUCACUAACCAGUGUUAUGCCCCUAGGAGUCUGCCCCUUUUGAACUGACUUGUUUCAAAGCCAGGUGUAUAUGGGAAUUUUUAUGAAUUAGGAAAUCUGAGAAUUCAUUUUUACUACUGCUAGAUAGAAAUUAUACUGGCACUCAGAUGGAAAAAGGCAACACAAUGUCCCAUGCAAAUGAAGCCAAGCGUAUGAUUGGGUGCUUUUUCUGUACUGUUGUACUUCAAUGUCUGACGGACUGUGUGUUUGUGUACGCACUAAUUCAAUCUUGGUGCUACAAGAGACUGAUCAUGAAUCAGAAUCAGGGAUGUGUGUAUGUGUAAUGCUGCCUGUGUCAGUCAUUUAGGCCACAGACGAUCUAGUUUUAAAUCACAUACUUGUAUAAAACCAUUUUAUGAUGUGGUUGCAUAUUCACAUUGAAAAGGAGUGUACAGACUGAAACCAUCAUCAUUUCAUCCUAAACAUUGAACCAGAUUACAGAAUGUCUUUUGUGCCAGGUUGAACUUAUUUAUUCAUUUAACAUGUAUAUUUUUAUUCAUUCAUAGGUUCUUGUGUGCAGCUGGUAUCUGGUGGUAAAAUGCCAGAGAAUAAAUCAGUCUCUUUUAAUUUACUCCUUAGAAAAACAAUAGGAUGUCUUCAACAACAACAACAAAAUCCCAUCACUGUGCGACACAUUUGUUAGUGAAAAUUUCCUAACCAUUCUCUUGCUACCAACCAAUUGUUAUUUUAUUAUUGCCACAUCUGUCUUAUCUGUUUCAUUGUCUAUCAUAUUCCACAUUGUCCUAUGUUUCAUUGUGUUUGGUUGCAGUGGUUUAUAAACAGGGUACAUAAUCCAGUCUGAAGUAAAAGGGUACUUGCUGUAGUUUGGUUUUGUCCAACACACUAAAUAGACAAAUCUAGGCAACACUUAGCGGUUGUAAACAAUGGAUAAACAUACCACUUCUUGCUGUCAAUGUACAUGAUAUUUUGCUUUGUAAAAUGAUCUGAACUAUUAAGGUGUAAUAAGAAUAAGUAUCAUAAGUAUCAUAGUAUCAUAAGUGGAUCAUCCUUUCUUGAUAGGACUAGAAUAAAUGUAAUUGAUAAUGGCAAUGUAUUACUUAAAAAAGCAGGAAAAAAAGAGAAAAUGUUAAAAAAAAACAGUCAGAGGCCAAGGUAAAGGACACUUAAUGUUUAUUUUAUUUUUUAUUAGCAAUUUAUCACUGUGUGAUAAUUUGUACACCAUAUUAAGCUGUAAUUAAACUUAUUUCCUCCAACUAUAAGGUAUUAGAGACCUGCUUUUUAAUAAUUUUCUUUUUAUUAUAUAUUUUUCAACUGCAGCCUAGCUUGUAUAAAAUGACAUUGUUUUGUUUAUGGCCCUCUGUUUUAUGUCAAUUAGAAAAUGAUUUUGUACAGUG